UGUCUCAACAGGAGAGACCGCCCUCUCAUUCAUUCAACAACAACAACACAGCCUGAUCGCACUGGCAGACAAUGUUUUCCCAGCUUCUACAUGUUUUCAGCGUAGGGAUUUAAUGUAGCUGCCAUUUUUCCUCUCUUAAACCCCAAACAGCGUGAAGUGGCCAUGGCUGCGAAGCGCAAAGUAGAUAUGGUUGUCCCAGCCGAGGAAAGCGACCAGCUCCUCAUUCGACCCUUGGGCGCUGGGCAGGAGGUCGGCAGGUCCUGCAUCAUCCUGGAGUUCAAAGGGAGGAAAAUCAUGCUGGACUGUGGCAUCCACCCUGGCUUAGAGGGAAUGGAUGCCCUCCCCUACAUAGACCUGAUCGACCCGGCCGAGAUAGACCUGCUGCUCAUCAGCCACUUCCACCUGGAUCACUGUGGAGCCCUGCCCUGGUUCCUCCAGAAGACCAGCUUCAAAGGCAGGACCUUCAUGACUCACGCCACCAAGGCCAUCUACCGCUGGCUGCUGUCUGACUACGUCAAAGUCAGCAACAUCUCUGCAGACGACAUGCUGUACACCGAGACUGACCUGGAGGAGAGCAUGGACAAGAUCGAGACCAUCAACUUCCAUGAGGUGAAGGAAGUGGCUGGAAUCAAGUUCUGGUGCUACCAUGCUGGUCACGUGCUGGGAGCCGCCAUGUUCAUGAUUGAAAUAGCUGGAGUGAAGCUGCUGUACACCGGAGAUUUCUCCCGACAAGAGGACAGGCAUCUGAUGGCAGCUGAGAUUCCCAGCGUCAAGCCCGACAUCCUAAUCAUAGAGUCCACUUACGGCACCCACAUUCAUGAGAAGAGGGAGGAGCGCGAGGCCCGCUUCUGUAACACCGUCCAUGACAUUGUGAACAGGGAAGGCCGCUGUUUGAUCCCCGUGUUCGCCUUGGGCCGAGCUCAGGAGCUGCUGCUCAUCCUGGAUGAGUACUGGCAGAACCACCCGGAGCUCCAUGACAUCCCCAUCUACUACGCUUCGUCCCUGGCCAAGAAGUGCAUGGCCGUGUACCAGACCUACGUCAACGCCAUGAACGACAAGAUCCGCAAGGCCAUUAAUAUCAACAACCCCUUCGUCUUCAAGCACAUCAGCAACCUCAAGAGCAUGGAUCAUUUCGAUGACAUUGGUCCCAGUGUGGUGAUGGCGUCUCCGGGUAUGAUGCAGAGCGGGCUGUCCAGGGAGCUGUUUGAGAGCUGGUGCACCGACAAGAGGAACGGAGUCAUCAUCGCCGGGUACUGUGUGGAGGGCACGCUGGCCAAGCACAUCAUGUCUGAGCCGGAGGAGAUCACCACCAUGUCAGGUCAGAAGCUGCAGCUGAAGAUGUCUGUGGACUACAUCUCCUUCUCCGCCCACACGGACUACCAGCAGACGAGCGAGUUCAUCAGGGCACUCAAGCCUCCGCACGUGAUCCUGGUCCACGGGGAGCAGAACGAGAUGGCCCGCCUGAAGGCCGCGUUGAUCAGGGAGUACGAGGACAACGACCAGGUUCACAUCGAGGUCCACAACCCCCGAAACACCGAGGCCGUCACCCUCAACUUCAGAGGGGAGAAACUGGCCAAGGUGAUGGGCUCUCUGGCUGAUAAGAAGUGUUUCCAGGGCCAGAGGGUGUCCGGCAUAUUAGUGAAGAAAAACUUCAACUACCACAUCCUCACUCCCUCAGACCUGUCCACCUACACAGAGCUGGCUAUGAGCACGGUGAAACAGACCCAGGCCAUCCCCUUCACUGGACCUUACUCCCUGCUCGUCUGCCACCUGAGGAACCUCACCGGUGAUGUGGAGGAGCUGGACGGAACCGAGAAGAACACCUUGAAGAUCUUUAAAAACAUCACUCUGAUCCACGAGGUUGGCAUGGUGCUGCUGGAGUGGAUAGCUAACCCCCUGAAUGACAUGUACGCUGAUGCUGUCACCACGGUGGUGCUGGAGGUCCAGUCCAACCCGAAGGCUCAGAAAGUGAUGGAGAGCCAGAGCGCCAUUGUGGACCUGGACGUGUUCCACGCCAGGCUGGAGGUCAUGUUGCAGGACAUGUUUGGUGAGGAGUGUGUAGAUUUCAGUGAUGGGAAAAACAUCGCUGUGACAGUAGACGGGAAGACUGUCCAGAUUUGCUUGGAAACAAGGACGGUGUGCUACGAGGACGACAGCGCAGAGGACGACUCUCUGAAGGAGAUGGUGGAGCUGGCUGUGCAGCGGCUCUACGACGCUCUCAACCCCACCAUCUGACAACAUGUAGGGUGGAUGACGGAUACAUGAAGAAGCACAUACACAGGUUAGGUCUGAUAGAGUGGCAGAUGGGUGUGUAACUAAACAGACUUGACCACUGACCUAAUGAGUCACAGUGGAAGAAUAUUUAAACAGCAGUGAAAGUGAGCAUAUAGGAAUCUCUGACUGGGAUUAGGAAAGCUCAGUAGGUUUUCACCCGUCCCAUAUCACAAAAUUAAAUGUGGAAGGUUGAUGUCAAUGCAAAUGAGCCAGUCUCACUGGUUGUGUACCAUUUAUAGAUUGUAAUUUAGUCAGGAAGUGGCCCGGUGCUGGUCUUUUAGCAACUGCCUGAGUGGUGAUUGACAGCCUCAACGGCCAAUCCCAGUGAGGUAUCCAACCUUUUUGACUUCUCUGACCAGCACCUUUGUCAACGUGGUUUAAGGAGGCUCUUAAGGACCUGGAAAGACCGGAUCGGUCCCUUAUUUGUCCAGAGGGUGAAUACUGAUGUGCAUCCUGAGUUGACAGCAUUAAGCUGAUGCUCUUGAACCAUUUACAAAGUAAAAUAAGCUUAAAUUCCUUGAUCUUCUACAUUACAAGCAACCAACAGCAGAGUGCAAGGACAGUUAAGAGAGUUGUGUUCUUACUUGGGUUGUUUAUGUGCAAGUAUGUUAUGUUUUCAAGAACUUAAAUGUACUGUACUUCUGUAGAGAAUAUGUUGACGAAUAACUGAAAUGCACUUGUUUUGUUUACUUUGAUGUUAAUAGUGAAUUUGUUAGUGCACUAAACCUCGGCGAUCAAUGUAUGUAACAGCAGUGUGUUCCGUUAAUUUAAGACAAUUGUGCAUCCACUACUGUCAGUUGUAUUUUUUUUUAUUUUUUGGCCAGUAAUGUAAUGUUUUCUUGACCAUUGUUCUAGAACUGUUUGUUAUUUUUAUACCCAUAAUAAAUUUUAUUUGUUGUGUUUUAUCCA